AAAGACAUAAAAACAGGAAAUGUUUUUUCAAUGUUAUUAUUAAUUCGUUUAUACAUUUCAAAUGGCGGACAACAAUUGGAAUGCUUUCAAUACAUCAGAAAGUGGCAACAAUCAGAAUGGAGAUGAUGAUUGGGCAGAUUUUGGUGGCUUUGAGUCUGCAUCACCGGCAUCCAAUAUAUUUGGCAAUUCUUCUGCAUCUGCUACAAUUCCUUGGGCUACAGUAUUUCCUGCAACAUCGUCUCAACAAUCCAACAAUUCUUCUGUCAACAGCCAGCCAAUUAAUUCUGCUGUAUUUAAUGAUGGGGGUGACUAUGCUGUACUCAAAUCUAGUGCUACCAAUAUACCUUCAUUUCAAAACAAUCCCUCUAAUUCCAAAAUUGCUGACCCAGGUCAAGGAUUUGCACCUCAAAGUAGCUCUUUAGGUAACCGAGUAACACAAGAUUUUUCAAGUAAAAUAGACUCUCAGUUACAAACAAGUCUUGUUCAAGCACAACCUUCAGACAUCUCUAGCAUAAAACAAAAGGUUUCAGCCGAGGGUCCGCCUUUGCCUCAAAGAACUGAGUUUCCAUUGAAUGAGGUGUUAAUGACAUCAAGUAAUGUACAAGUAAGCCAAUCAGCCCCACCAUUGCCAAGCAGAGAAAGAACUGGGGAUAGUCGCAGUGCUGUUCAUGAAGCUGAACUAAAAAAUGUUAAAGUUGAAUUAGAAGAAACAAAAAGUAAAGUAAAUGAUUAUGAAGAAAAAUUACAGAUAUCCGAAGAGAAGUUAUCUCUUGCAGAAAGAGAAAAAAUCAGAUUGGAAAAGAACAUGGAAGAAAUGAAAGCUAAGUAUACCGAAGCCACGCAGCUAGCAAAAGAUCAGUAUCUUGAAUUACAAAACAGAAAGAAAUGUACGAUCAGUUGCAGGACGAACACGAGGAAAAAGUUAAGAAACUGAGGGAAGCUGGACAAGAGUCAUUUGCUCUAAUAGUUCAAGAAUACAAGGUUUAAAUUUCCUUUUUCCGACAAGUAUUGAUUGAUUUAACGUGCAAUAAUCAUCUCGAUAUUUUGUCAAGUGCUUUCGUAGAAAAUGGCUUGUUAUUUAUUUUCAAUUGCGUCUUUAUUUUGAAAGGCAUUAUCGACAACAGCUGUAUCACAGGAACGCGAGAGAAAUGAGAAACAUUUACAUAAAA